AUGUCAUAUAGCUACUAUGACUGCUAUUAUGAUUCUUGUGGUUCCUAUGCCCCGCGCAAUAUCUGUGGCUCCAACCGUACAUGCAAUCUCUAUAGCUUCAACAGCUUCAAUGGUUCCAAUAAUUCAAGCGGUCCUGGCGGCUUCGAUGCGCGCGUCGAGCCGUUGCCUGCCGUGAAGGCGAAGGGUGAAGGGACAUAUGGGUUGGGGGGCACGGUGGAUGUCUUGUUUGAAUCGGUACAGCCGAAGGGCGAAAUUCGUACCGAGCGAAGUACUUCUUGCAUGGAUUGGAAUUCCUCUCUGACGCAUUGGCGUGGACUGACCGAGGAAUUUGGGGGAGACAGGAGCGGUGAAUCUAGAGUAGAGGAGUCUCGAGGGUGGAGGGAGACGGACUAUAGCGCAGCGCCUGGAAUAACUAAAUUUAGGCAGUCACAAAUUGUAUUGAGAGAACCAGUUCAAAGUUUCAGGCCCAUUGAUGGUGGAAGCUCGAUCGAAGAAAAGGAUCCAAAUUUGUACCGAGGUAGAGGCACGAGCGCAAGAUUUGACGGUGGGUCUCUAUGGAUGGGUGUGGCAGAUUCGUUGGCAAGUAGACCGCAGAACGUGGGUAGAGGGGUUUAUUCAGGAGGUCACCAAUUUGGCGAUUCAGUGCCGAGCCAAUCUUCGAUUGGGAGUAAGGGGACUAUGGUCGAGAAGUGGGCGGCCGGCCGAGAUGAGAGGCUUUCGGCCGGAUCAGACGUUCCGGAUGUUUGCUCGUCGUCGGCGCGUUAUUCCACGGGCUCGAUCAUUCGACCGACGGCUCGGUUACCGCCGAUUUUGAAGCCUGGGUACUUUUCUGCCGGGCAUACAGAACCAAUAGAGCCGAUAGGACCGGUAAAGCCGGUAAAGCCGGUAAAGCCGAUAGAGCCGAUAGAGCCGAUAGAGCCGGUAAAGCCGAUAGGGCCUGUAGAACCGACAGAGCCAAUGGAAACAAUAGAAUUGGCGGAACCGACGGAAUCGACGGAAUCGACGGAACCGAUGGUCCAGCAGACGGCUCGUCCGUCGUCGCUGCUGAGUCAUUUCCCCGUCAAAGCGGCCGGUCAUGUGCGUUCAGAUUCGCCGCUUCCUGAUAACGCUUUUGGCUUAAAGCAGAACGAGCAGCCGGACGGGGGCGAGGGCGACGGGGCCUUGCGGUCGUUUUUGUUACCUUCCCUUUCGAGGCGCUAUGCAUUCUCUUUUUGCGGCGGCUCGCCGAAGCGUUCUUUUCAGUCGUCAAGCGACUCAGCGUCGUCUCGCGCGCCUUCUGCUCUGAAUGACUCGGGGGCGUUGGAAUUUUGUCAGUUGAACAGUCUGUCUCGCUUUUCUCGGUUCGCGGCGACCAGCACUUCUUCUCACUCCUCUCUCUGCCCUAUAGCGGAGAAAUCGCCGGAUGUGGUCUAUAAGCCUGAUUCGAAGAAUUUUCAGGGGUUCUCGGGUCAGAACAACGCAUCCAGCCUCACUGGCCAAAUUGACCAGCUGAUCUCCCUCCUUCGGAAGUCCAACGAGGUUGAGACCGCGGGUCAUUGCGACGAAGAGUCCUUCGGAGAGACGACCUGCUCGCUCGCAGAGGACCUGUUUGAGAGGAACUCACCAGACGAUGACCGCGCGUCUCUCGACGGCAUCUUAAACAACAUCUUCGAGAACUGCAACGACAUCAUCACAACCAACCGCCUCAUGAGCGACCGCACCAUGGUGCUAUUGAGGGCGUACAAGCAGGUGGUGGAUGAGUGCUAUGAGGAACACUGCGAUCUGAUGGAGGAAAGCUUGUCGGAUCGCGCCUCACUAGAAGCGGACUCUAAAGCGCCCGAGAAGAAGGAACGAGUGCUCUGCAACGAGGUGGACGUGAACACCAUUCUUAGCCUCUACCUCAAUUCAGAAUUCCACGAAAAGAACGAUGCCUCUUGUGUUGAGCAGCCAGCAAAGAGUAGCGAGGAAGGCAAAUUAGAUCCGGCGAGCAAUGAGCCGCGAGAGCUGGAAAAACCCCCGAAAUGCGUCUCUCCAAAUCAACAAGAUGUCGCGUUGAAUCUGGUGAAGCCUAAUCACCGAGUAUCGUGGAAUUGCGGCCGCCUUCCCACGCUCCCCAGUCAACCCUCUCGCACUCAAACCGACGUGUCCUUCAGCGCGAAACCCCCCUCUACCAGCUUCCACAAAAAAACCGAAACAGCGACCGACCCGCGGUGUCUUCGCCACUCCUCGUCUGAGGCGUUUCGCCCUCCUCACCGCAGCGAAGAAAACGUGGUCAAGCGGUGGAUUCGCCACUUCAAGUCUGCCGUCUUCGGAAAAUUCAAGUACUCACCCGACGUCUUCGUCCUGUCCUCUCCCAGUGACUACUACCCGGACCCAAACAACAAGUGGACGCAAAUGACCCUGGUUCUCGACAGGAACUUCCUCCGCGUCAUCUCCAUGCACCCAGACAACGUGGAACAACUUGUGUACGAACAUCUGUACAUGCUCUACUGCUUCAUCUGCAAGCUCAAACAGCAGCCGCCCCCGCGCACCGCCUACCCCCAGUUCCAAUCGUCCGGGUCGGGCAUGUCCAAGCUGGGGUACAAGCAAGACGCGCAGGCGCUGGGCAACGAGGUUUACCACCCCCUCGGAGAGAGGCUCUACUCGUUCUUUGCGAACUGGAGCGAGCCGUUGGGCUCGGCCGAUGAGGUGAAGCCCGCGAUGCUGUCGCGGGCGUCGGAAUUGUUCAAGGACGAGGCCGAGAGCUUCUCGAGGUCCCUGCUGACCUACUACGCAACAAUGCUGCCCUCGAUGUCGCCGAGGGUGUCUAAGGGGCUGCAUCUGGACUCGGAGAAGUUCUUCAACUCGGUGAAGUGGGCGGUGGAAGAGGUGUUUUGGAUGGCGCUGUACGAACGCUUCUUCGAGCUGGUGAAGCGCGUCUACAUAUUGGAAGACAUGGUGUACGAGCAGAUGUUAGACAAGUGCGCGUCAAUAGGUCUGCAAGAAUUGGGCGUGUCGAAGGCGCUCUGGCUAGAAGAUAAGAAACCGACGAACCAGAACACUGCAACGGACACCCCCGCGGAUGCGGCAACCAACGCCGCGGCCGUCACUGCAGCGGUUGGCAAAAUUUUGUCCGCAGGAAUCGAAAAUCACAGAAAAAAGUGCAAAAGCGUCUCCUUGAUCGGCGGUGACGAGUGCCUUCCUUGUCCUUCCUGUGCGCCUCAAGUUUUGGCCAAAGACCAAUCCAAGUCCAUCCCGUAUUCAGAACCCAUCUAUCAGCUCUGCCGCCUUCCUAGCCUCUUCACCCCUCUGUCCAAGCUCGCUUGCCUCGUCGAAUGCUUCAACCUCAUUCACCGCUCCGUCUCCAACUACUACGCUUCCUCCAAGACCACCUGCCCCACCCUCACCAGUGACGAUGUCAUCCCUAUCUUCCUCUUCGUCCUCAUUCACAGCUGUGUCCCCCACUUCCACUCCGAGUGCGCUUUUAUGGAGCUCUUCAUCACUGAGGCACAGGCCAGGGGGCAGGAGGGAUACUCCCUCGCCACCGCGCAGGCUGCCUUGUCCCUUCUGGACAAUCUCCGCAACAACUAGGCCCCCAACGCCACGAAAAACUGUACAAAAUCCGUUAAAAUGAGAGAGAGAAAAAAAGAAAAAAAAAAAAAAACAAAA